ACCGCGGAGACCGCACACCCGCCGAGCUGGGGAAGGCCUGAGCAGCGGCAGCCAGAGACGUCGAUCCUCAAGCGCGGCCUGGCCCGGAGUCGCCGCACCCUCCGGCGGAUGAACGGCUCGGCGCUCCCCCUGUCAGGCCUGGCAAGGCUGCGAUCAGGUGCGGAGGCUGGGCUGGGGCGGCUCGGCCGGGCGGGCGCAGCGGAGCCGGAACGGAGGAGAUGGCGUCUCAGCCGCCGCCUCCCAAGCCCUGGGAGAACCGGCGCCUCGCGGGAACCGCGGCCCCGGCCUUCCAGUCUGCUGAUUUGGGUGCCAGCCUGCUGACCAGGCCUGGACAACCCACACUCACACGAGUACCUCCGCCUAUUUUGCCACGACCAUCUCAGCAGGCAGGGAACAGUAGCCUGAGCAAUUUCAGACCUGCAUACAGCAGUUCCUUUUCUCCAGGCUAUGGCACAUAUGGAAACUCCUUUUAUGGAAACUACAGCCCUUACAGUUAUGGAUAUGGUGGUAUGGGCUAUAACCGGUUUCGUACAGACGAUCUACCUCCCAGCAGAUUUGUUCAGCAGGCUGAAGAGAGCAGCAGAGGUGCAUUUCAGUCCAUUGAAAGUAUUGUGCAUGCAUUUGCCUCAGUCAGUAUGAUGAUGGAUGCUACCUUUUCAGCUGUUUAUAACAGUUUCAGGGCUGUAUUGGAUGUAGCCAAUCACUUCUCCCGACUCAAAAUACACUUCACAAAGGUGUUUUCAGCUUUUGCAUUAGUCAGAACUAUAAGAUACUUCUACAAACGGAUGCAGCGACUGCUGGGUCUGCGGAAGAGCUCUGAGAAUGAGGAUUUGUGGGCUGAAAGUGAAGGAACUGUGGCUCGCAUUGGCCCAGAGGACCGGGCAGCUAACUCAGCAAAAUCCUGGCCGAUUUUCUUGUUCUUUGCUGUUAUUCUUGGGGGUCCCUACCUCAUCUGGAAGCUGCUCUCCACGUACAGUGAUGAAGAAACAGUGUCUAGUAACUGGGCAAAUGGAGAUGAUGAUCAUGUAAUUGGAAGAGCAGAAUAUGACUUCACUGCUGUUUCAGAAGAAGAAAUUUCUUUUCGUGCUGGUGACAUGCUAAAAUUAGCACCCAAAGAACAACAACCCAAAGUACGUGGCUGGCUUUUGGCUAGUCGUGAUGGUCAAACAACAGGACUUGUGCCAGCUAAUUACAUCAAAAUAUUGGGUAAAAGAAGAGGUCGGAAAACAGUGGAGCUGGAAAUUAUUACAGAGCAGCAGCCGGCUUUUACCAACACAACACCUGUUAGAGGAGCCACUGAUGCGGAUACUUUAGAGAAGCAAGAAGAUGGAUUUGAGUCUGUUUUUGUUGAAAUGAAUAAGGUUCCCAUUACCUCUGACUCCACUGUGAUAGGUGGAGAUAAACAGGAUCUCUGAUGCACCUGGAUAAAAUUUAGUGAUUGAACUAUACUUAUCAAUAAUCCUUUUGAUAUUCUUAAAAUUGUAGAAGUACACUGUUAGGACUGUAUCAGGUAUCUCGCUGCUGGUGACGGGUGAACAGAUAACAAAAUAAUUUACCCAAACUUUAAUAGCAUGCUUGGGUCACUUAAAGUUGUACAUUUGUGGCCCUGCCCAGCAAACUAUUGGCAAUUGUGAGAUCUCAGGCUGGGGGGAGUUCUGUAGAGGCAACUGGGUAAGCCAAUGUGUUGCAUCUCUAGCUGCACAUUUUGGUCAUUCAAAGGAAUAGUGCUGAUGAAUUCUAGAGGUAGCAGUGACCAGUCCUCCUUAUUGGAGAAAGAAUUGGCUUGAUAUGGGGCCUUUGACACGGGGUGUUGAGAAGGAAAACAACCAUUUCUAGCAGAGGCCUCCAAAAAUUGUAUAUUGAAGAGCCCUUAAAAUACUUUCUUUUUUUGGCUGCUUUUUGGUAAAAUUAGUGCUUCCACUACCACAAAGAAAAAUUAAAGACUUCAGUCCUUUGUUAUAAAAAGGUGAUUAUCUUAAGAAACAGGAUUAGCACUGUGAAGGAAGGUACAUUCAACUGGAAUUGUAAGCAGAUAAAUGCUAUUACCGGUGUUUUAUUUGUCUUUUAUUCUAAUGUUGUUUUCAAGAAAGUAUAAGCGCGGUUUUUUCCCCCCCACCAUUCUGGGAGCUUUUCCUCAUCAGAGUCCUGAGGACCACAUGUUUUGUUCUGGUUUAUUAUGUACAUGCUUUAGGCCCUACGUAUCUUCCAGCCAAGCAAUGUUAAGGAUGCUCAUUUUUAUCAACAUCUCUCUAGGGCCUAGUGAGCUAAGUUAGCACAGCCACACUUCCAGCCAGGUAUAUAAUAGCUUAUCAAUUUCUAGUAAUUAUGUAUUUUAACAGCUACAUCCAAACUUCCCGUGUUUCAGUGCAAUUUCUUUUUGAACUUUUGUGAGAAAAUUCAGCCUGAUUUUAACACAGCAGGAAUGCAUCACAGAGUGGAUAGGAAACAUCUGUGUUGCCAUUAAAUAGAUGUGGUUUUCUAUUGAUAAUCCCACAAAAUAGGAAACAAGAAAAAAAGCUGCCCAUUUCAUUGUCUCAUCAUGGAGUUGGAUGAGUUAACUGCUAACUUUAUUAUUCCUAAUGCACUUCACGUGUUAAAUCUGGUAUUUCCCCAUAAAAUCUGAGGUACAUUGAGAACCAUGAUUGCAUAAAGACUAUAUUAUAUAUUAUAAAUGUAUAUUAACAAUAUACAUUUUGCCUUCAAAUCUAUUUACUUUUGUGAGCUCUGUACUGAAGUCAUACUUCUCUGGGAAGCAAAGUUAAGUAAAGAUUCCUCUAUCGAGACUCACUCACAUUAAUAUUAGAUUUGAUUAACACAGAAUCAUUUUCAGUUCAGGCUGUAGUUCUUAUGUAGUUCUUAUAUACUGUGUUGAACCCUUCAAUGUUAGAACAGAUCAUACAGUUCUAAUGUACUACAGCAAAGGAAAAAUACUGAUGGCUGUGUAUUAAUAAAUCAUUUCAAUUAAGUAGCCUGUUUCUUAAAAACAAAAACCCACAGCAGCACCCAAGCUAGUUAAACUCACAUACUUAUACUAGCUGUUCCUGGGGGAAUUCUGUGCCAAAAAAUUAAAAAUUCUGUGCACAAUAUUGCAAUAGCCCAAUAUAAUCAUGCCGGUUUCAAUUAUUUUGGUAAUUGAUUUCAAAAGACCUCUCAGCAAGUAUGUUUGUAACAAUACAGACAACAGAAAAGAUUCAGGAAAUAUUUUUUUGACAAAUAGAUUCCUUACUAGGCAUAUUAAUACAUAACUUUCAGUAAUCAUUUAACCUAGAGAAAUGUAUUUCCCACACACCCCCCUCAGAAGCAGUGCAAAGGUUUGGGAGGAGUCAGGGGUAAUGGAGGAGCUGAGGGAGGGAAAAGUAACUGCUGGGAAGGAGCCUGGAUGUGAACUUGGAGGGUUGUUGGGUGUGGGUGGGAAAAGCAUGGAAUGGGGGUUUUCUGGUCAGGGAGGGAUUGUUAGGGAGCCUCCCCCAUGCAGAUGCUGGCUAACCCCUAGCUUCACUCAUUCAGUCAUGCCCAUCUGCCCCAGGCCCCAUGUGUCGCGGCACCCCCACUCCCAUUCAGUCCCUGCCCCAGUCUGUGACUCCCACAACAGCCCCAUAUGCCCCACGCUGUCUGGCUCUCAUAUCCUGUGCCUCCUGAGCUGGUCCCACAGAGAGGGCACUGUGAGGAAUGCAGCUUCUUCUCUUCCCUAUCUGCAGCUGGGGCUGCUCGCUCCAGGAGCAGAUGCUCUCUGUCCUAGCGCACAGUGACUCCAGGUAGGCGAAAGGUGUAACUGCAGGACUUUUCAGCAGAAUGUAUUUUCAGCUGAGGAAAAAAAAAAAUCUGCAUGGCACAUGAAUUCUCUGUGUGUAGGAAUAAGUAGCAUAAUGGAUUUGGUAGUUUUAAUUCACAUUUCUAUAGAGAUCUUCAACAUCAAUUUCCAUUGCAAGCUUCAUUAAUAUGUUUACAUUUUAAGUGCACUUGCUAGCUGUUAGUACUUAGGCAACUUGUGGUGAACAGAAUUGCUAAGAUCUAGACAAAACAGUUACAACAAGCUAUUGCUAACCUCAGGUUGGGUAGUAGUCUAAGGGUAUGUCUUCACUACUGGCCGGAUCGGCGGGCAGCGAUCGAUCCUGCGGGGAUCG